UGUAAGAGCGGGUCUUUUUCUGGGAUUUUUUUCCAUAAAAGUCGAAAGUUGAAUGAUGUAGAACUGCUAUUUUGCUACUGUAAAUGCAUACAUUUUGCUUUAUAAUGGCAUUUAAUACACACAUGCACGAAAGAAAUAUCUAUAAAGUUAGACCAGAUUUUGCUAAUCUUGCAUUAGAAUAUCCUGAAUUUAGAAAGCAUGUUUAUCCAGACGCAAAAGGAAAAUAUCACGUCGAUUUCACUAAUACGGAAACGCUUAGAGUAUUGACUCAAAUUUUACUGAAAAAGGAUUUUAAAUUAGCAGUAGAGAUUCCGAAUGGUUUUUUGAUACCAACAGUUCCGCAAAGAUUAAAUUACAUUUUAUGGGUUGAGGAUUUACUAAAUGUUACUUCGCAAGAAAGUAAUGAUGUUCGUGGAAUUGAUAUUGGUACUGGACCUUGUGCCAUUUUUUCUCUUCUUGGAGCUAGAAAAAACAAUUGGAGAUUUGUUGCAACAGAAAGUUCAGACGAGGCAAUAAGAUGGGCUACUAAAAACAUUCAAGCUAAUGAUUUACAGGAUAAUAUUCAAAUUGUAAGAGUUGAUAAAAAUAGUAUUUUGAAGGAAGCUUUAAAUUCAACUGAUAAAACUUUUAAUUUCUGCUUGUGUAAUCCUCCAUUCUUUGAUAACAUUGAAGAAAUACGAAGGAAAAAUGCGAGAUUAAAAGAAACAAUUGCUGAUGUUGCAAAGAAAGAAGAAAUAUUUGCUGAAGGUGGUGAAAUUGCUUUUGUUAAAAAUAUGAUUGAAGAUAGCUUAUUCUUCAAAAAACAAAUUAGCUUAUAUACUUCCAUGUUUGGAAAAAAGAAGAGUUUCAUUCACAUUUUGAAUGAAUUAAAAAAUAUUCCUGAUAUCAAAGUUACUACCUCUGAAUUUUGUCAGGGUAAUACCGUUCGUUGGGGAAUUGCUUGGACAUUUGAACAAUCUUUUGAAUUUCCAAAGGAGAAAAAAGUGAAAGCUAAAACAAAACCUAAAUCUAAGCCGCCUUUAGUUUACCGUGUGCCUGAAACUGUUCACAAUCCAGAUGUCAUUGUACCUCCUGUCCUAGAAAGACUUAUUGGUAUUAUGAAUGAACUAAAGAUAUCUGUGACAAUUCAUCGUGCUUCAAAGAAUUUUGCCGAAGUUCAAAUUAAAGCUAUAAAAAAUACAUGGUCCCAUCAGAGGAGGAAACGAAGAGAAAUGCUCAGAAAAUGCAUUCAGCCAGCAGAAAAUGAAACAGCUGAAAGCAAGCCCAUGGAAAAUGUACCUAAAGAUUCUGAAAUAAAUGAUGAUGAUGCUAAUGCUUGUGAAUCUGGACAAGGGCAUGACAAAAGCUUCAUGACUAAAGCUAAAACGCUUGACACUGAAAUAAAAACUGAAGUUGAAGAUUUAAAUUCGAACUUGGAAAAAAAUAAUAACCCUGCAUGUUCAAUCGAUUCAAAUACUGCAACACAGCUUGUGCCAUUAAAAAAUAUUUGCAUAGCAUCCAAAACACAAGGCUCAACUUUGCUUCAUGAUGAUCAAAAUGAAACUUCACUUACGAAGAAGCCAAAAUGCUCUGAAGAAGAAUGUGUGCAAAAGUCAAAUUUAAAUACAGAAACAGAUGAAAUACAGAAAGGAAUGCUGAAAACUCCUAUGAACAAAAGAAAGCAUGACAAUUGUUCACUGGAGCAUGAUGAAGAAAGAGUAACGAAAAAAGUAUGUCUAAGUGAAAAGUCUAAAAGUACUGACUCAACAACUUUAAUUCCUAAUGAAGCCCAUCUGAUGCAGAAAUCAAAUGACAACAAAGAUGAACAUGUUCAAAAGUCUGUUGUAAAUAAAGAAGUUGAUGAAAUACAAGAAUUUAUGUCCCACAAUCCUGUGAAGAAAAGAAAACAUGAAAUCUGUUCAUCACAUGAAACAGAAGAAGUAAGCAAAAAAUUGUGCAUAGACAAAAAGGGUGAAAAAGAUGAUUUUAAAAUGUCAGUUAAAAAUGAAAUUGAACUUGAAAAUGCUAGUAUUUUAGUUGCUGAAGAAUGCACUGCUUUAUUGGACUCCAUAAUUAGAGUUAGAAAAGCAAAAGACCAUAUUCUUUUAGAAAUGACUUGUAUAUCUGAUAACUACAGAGAACCCAUGCAUCAAGUAUUUCAGUUAAUAAAAAAUAAGUUAAAGUAA